AUGAAGGGAAUACAAACAAUAACGAGGGCUUUUGUUGUAGCAGCCAUAUCAAUAUGGGUGAUCAUCCUUGAACCAACAUUUGCAGCAUCAGAUCUAAGUUUCGAUGCAUCAAGCCCUACGACGACUACGUACUCGAAGCUAUUGAGCGACUAAUACGGCACCAAUGUACCAGUAAUGGCAGCAACUUUCAAAAACAAACAAAAGUAUUUUUUGGUUGACAUAAAGGGAUCAGAGGGAGGAACGAUCACAGUUGCUUUGGAUUUAUAUAAUGAUAUAUAUGUGGUUAGCUAUCUUGACACAAUUGAUAAAAAGUUUAGACUGGGAGCUGAACCACUUAACAAGUUCAUCAACAAAGUCUACGGAAAGGCGCUUGAUGUUAAGACCGAAGCUCGGUUUCUUCUUGUUAUAAUCCAAAUGAUUUCAGAGGCAACACGAUUCAAGUAUAUUGAAAAUAUGAUUGUGGAAAAUUUUGCAACUUACUAUAACCCCGAUCCAAAAGCAACCCGAUUGGAAAUUCGUUGGAGUAAAAUUGGUGAAGGUAUUAAGGAAUCUAAGAAGGGUGUAAUCUCACCCGAGCUGGAUUUAAAGGAUGUGAACGAUAAAGAUUGGAAAGUGUCUAAAGUUGAAGACAUAGUUAAUGACAUGGCACUCCUAAAAAUUUUGGAAAAAGCCAAGUAUCUGUAUUUAAUAAGCUAA